GCUCUACGCCGUUUGCGUAGCGUUUCCCAAGAUGGCGUCGCGGUCGUCGUCGUUGGCGGUGGCCGGAGCGCUGGCGGCGGCGGCGGAGCGGCUGGAAGUGAAGGGAGGGAUGAGGCGGGCGAAAGGCGGCAGCGCGUAGCGGGCGGCUCCCGGCCUGCGGGAGACAGAGCGUAGACCGAGAAAGAGACUGUCGCGGGGAGGCGGUCCCCCUCCGUCCCCCCCGUCCUUCCCCGCCCGCCCGCCCCUCGCGGGAGCCCCGGCGGGUCCUUCCCGGCGCCGCCACCCUGCCCGCCCCCGUCCUCUAGGCCGCGGGCCUCGCCGUCCUCCGCCCCCCCCCCGCCCCUUCCUUACCCCCCCCUCCCACCCCAGCCGCCCCCUCGGAGCGGAGGAUGAUGAAGCUCAAGUCCAACCAGACGCGCACCUACGACGGGGACGGCUACAAGAAGCGGGCGGCCUGCCUGUGCUUCCGCAGCGAGAGCGAGGAGGAGGUGCUGCUGGUUAGCAGUAGUCGUCAUCCUGAUCGAUGGAUUGUCCCUGGGGGUGGCAUGGAGCCUGAGGAGGAGCCCAAUGUGGCCGCUGUGCGAGAAGUCUGUGAAGAGGCUGGAGUGAAAGGGACAUUAGGAAGAUUAGUGGGAAUUUUUGAGAAUCGGGACAGGAAACACAGGACAUAUGUUUACGUACUUAUCGUCACAGAAGUGUUGGAAGACUGGGAGGACUCUGUCAAUAUUGGAAGGAAAAGGGAAUGGUUUAAGAUAGAAGAUGCCAUAAAAGUUCUGCAGUAUCAUAAACCAGUGCAGGCCUCGUAUUUUGAAACCUUGAGGCAAGGUUGUUUGGCAAACAAUGGCACUCCUGUCAUGACCACGACGUACUCUGAGAGCUCUGUGUCUGACAUCAGAUGACUGAAGACAUCCCUAUGAGAGAAUCUUGAAAAAUAGACUGAAACGUGGAUUUCCCUCCCCCCUCCCCUUUUUCACAUGCCUCUUCUAUCAAACAAGGCAUGGGCAGCAGCCUGUGGCAGAGCAAGUGUUAAGAGUGCUGCAAUUUAGUGCAAGGUGGGAUUUUUUUUUUUUGUUGGCUUUUUUUGCUUUUUUGGAUAUGUAUUUUGUAAAAUACAUUUUGUGCAUGAAGUGCCCCUUUCCCGUUACACCGCUUCCAUGGCCUGGCGAGCGAGGCUGCCAGUUUUGCCUCUGCCUUGUGUUCUGAAGUGUCCCAUUUGUGUCAUCCCAGCCAUAGCCACUUUUUUUUUUUUUUUUUUAAUUAAAAGACUUCAAAUGUGAGAUCAGCUCUUUAAGUCUUAGUCUGUACUGUAAGGUGCUGUUCAGACCUGUGUGGUGGUCACUUUCAGCACGUAUGUAUAAACUUUUUUUAGAUGGAGAAUCUAACAUUUUAAUUUUGCAGGAAUUUUUUUAAUCCUGGUCUGCUUCUGAAAAGAAGGGUUCAUAAUUAAUCUGUUUGCCUUUUGUUCUGUUUUUUAAAAAAUACACGUUCUGUGACAGUGCUAGUGGCUGGGCCAGUUUACUCCCCGUUCAGUAUCUCCUGAUUUAGUGCAGUGACAAUUGAAGUUGAGGGCAGAGUUUUGAUCACCUGCAGACAUCCCUGCUGCUCCGUUGCUUUUCCUACAGCUUCCGCCAAUGUUUCUGCAUUUACAUCAAAAUGAAACAAAAAGGAGUUGGUCUUUUAACACUUGGCCAAAAAUAAAUAGCCUCAGAAAUGCUACGAUAGAAACUGAAUUUCAUUGUCUGUGGUAGGAAUCAGGGAUUCAAAGUGGGGUCAAAGUCUGACAAACUGGAGCGUCAAUCACCAAUGCUGUUCUGCUGAUCCUGCUGCGUUCUGCUGAUGUCUCUUCUUGUCCACAUGCCUUAUACCGUGCUGAACUGGAUACUUGUAAUUUGUGCUAAAGCAUUGGAUUGUACUUACUGAGUGUUACUGCACGAGCCCUCGGUUGGAUAACCAUGUGUGUCCCUGAAAAGAAGUCCUGGGGGAAAAAUUCAGGUGUUCAAUCUCUUGUCCUGUGGUUCUGCAGCACUUAGAAUUGCACCAUGGAGCAUGCUCAAAAUGUUUAAACUCUCCCUCCGUGAAAGGUACAGCUGACUCCUGAGCAGAAUUGCUGGUUGGAGAAGUACACUGUUUAAUAGGAUAGUUCCCCUGAUGCAUUGGCACGCUUCACAUUAUUUUUUUUUUGUUGUUGUUUUUAUUGAUGUAAGUUUCAUGCUGUCUUGAUUUGCCAACAGUGUUGUCUAGUUGGGAAAUAAAAUGGGAAGGGUUGGGGCUGGGGGGUGGGUUGGGACAGGUACAAGUUUUGGGAGGGGCAUUAAUUAAUCCCUGGCUUGGGACAAGAAGUAGUUGCUGAAUUUCAGUAACUUCUCCUUUGUCAGAGCAUAGCCAAGAUGUGAAAUUAAAUCUGCAGUACUCUCUUUUUUUUUCCUUUUUUUUUUUUUCCCCCUCCUCUUUAUUUAACAAAAAAUAUUCUAAUAAAUACUCACUGUUCCAGAGUUUUCUCUCUUCCCGAGAAGCGCUUACAAUAUGAAAAUCUGAUAGAAAUAUCCAUGGAGCCUGGGACAAGGGGGAAUGGUAUCCUUGCUGGUUUGGCAAGAAGCUGUUCAUUUUAAGAUCCUAUUCUGUUCCUUUACUUGUUCUCCUUGCUUUCAUCAGUGUGGAGUAGCAAGGCCAAAAGCAGUGCCAGUGAUCGCUAACAUGAAAAACCAUGCAUAAGAAAAAGCUGAGAGGCAUUAUUCAAGAAGUAGCUUGAAACCAAGCAUCUGGAAUUGAGCCUAAAUUACACCAGUUCAGUUCAUUUCAACUUAGAGACGAAUGUACAAUACUUUCUUACUCUGUGCUGAUCGGCCUGAACCAAACUCUCAAAAGGGCUUGAAUAUUGUAUCUGGAAGUGUACAAGAAGUUCAGACAGUCCGCCGUUACCAAGCCGUGAGUGGCACCUAACACAGCCAUCUACUGCCUUCAAUUGAGUUUUUGUCUUUAUUGUACAGAUUAGUAUGUUGAAAAUGCUUUGCAACAAAACAGCUGGUACUCCUGAAAGAGUAACUGCAGUUUUAAUAUCAACAGCAUGCACACUUUUGUUUUUAAACUAAAAAUGUUUUUACAGGGCUGUUAAACUGACAAUUUAGGGUAGAAUAUUGUUAAUGACUUGCUAAUGGCUUAUUUGUUUGGGUCAGAAAAAUAAAUUGUGCCAAGAAAGUG